GCUCAUUCCUUGAUUUGGCAAAAGAGAGUCGAGGAGUCCGCAUCUCCAACUUCUGCCUCCGAAAAGAAGAGAAAAAAAACGCAUCUUCUGAGGAGCGUCUGCGCGCAUUGGAGCAGAGUGCGCGCUUUUCUGCGGAGAAGCAAUUUGAGCAUCUGGAAGUUACCUCUCAUUUAUCAGUUGUUUUACCGGGACAUUUAAAACAAACAAACAAAAAAAGAGCUAACAGACGAGAGGGCAGGAUAAGAGAAGGAGCGAACGGGAGGACCAACAGCAAACCAAAGGAGCGGAGAGAAGGAGAGGUGAUCUGGGAAAAGCGACAUGUUUGGUAUGAUGAAGAAUUCGCUCUUCGGAAACACCGAGGAGACUGAAUAUAAACUGCUCAGCAGCGAGACGAAGGACGGAGUUAGCUUUGAGGUACGACGGUACGAUGCUUUCAAAUACGCCGCGGUGUCCUCUGAGGGACGAACCUUCGACCAAGUGACAGGAGAGCUGAUCAGGAAGUUGCUCAUGUACAUUGGCGGGAGCAAUGAACAAGGUGAAGCUAUGGGUACAGCGGCGCCCAUCAUCAUCACAGUGUAUCCUCGGAAUGACGGCGUUCUUUCUCGCCGUUUGGUGGUCGGCAUCCGCAUUCCCAGCGACUACCAGCAAAGCCCCCCGACUCCCACCGACAGUGCCGUCAGGAUUGAGGAGCGGCCCGGCAUGACCGUCUACGCCCUGCAAUUUGGAGGAUUCGCAGGAGAGAGCGAGUACCGAGCAGAGGCCUUGCGUUUGACACGCACCCUGGGUGAAACGGCCCCCUUCCAGCGCAAACAGUACUUUUGCUGUAGCUUCGACUCGCCACUCAAGCCUUACGGACGCAGAAAUGAGGUGUGGUUUCUACAGGAAGAGCCGUAGGAGUCAUUCAGUCAUUCAAAUCUAAUGCUGAAUUCCUUAUUUGACCUCAACUACCCUUUCACCACUGACAGUCCUGUAGCCACGUAGGCGUAGAUAUCAGGGGGGUAUACGUCCCUGUCAAUAUUUACAACACAUUCUUUUGUCCCUUCCAAUAUACACAUGAAAGAUAUAAACUGGGUUUUUUUUAAACCUCCCAAUAAGAAGUAAAUUAUAAGCUCAUACAACCACAGAAUCUAUUGUAGAUAAUGUACUUAGAUCCAUAUUUAUUCCAUUAUAUUCUUAAUUGUCACCUGGUGCCUGAUUUUCGUGUUUUCCUUUCUAUAAAUAAAGACAUUUUCACCAUAUGUUGAUGCAGAAAAGGCACAAAUUGGUGCAUCAAAAGUCACCAGAAUGCAGGGAAUUACCUGACACUCAAAGACCUCCAGCCUAACAUGUCCCUUUACAUGAAACCUAGCUGUAAAACUGAAGUUAGGUGUCCAAGCAGUGGCAUUUUUCCCUAAUUUGAAUUCUGACUAAAGGCUUCAGAACAAAUGCUUAUUCCAUAAAUUUCCUCUACAGAAAAAUUGCCACCUUGAAAUCAGUCUGCACAAACAGUAUUCAGCUGCUUUUCAACAUUAAAUCGCAAUCAACUUCAUUUGACUUUUUCAACACGAAUUUACAAAAAAGAGAUUUUCAUGUCAAAAUGUAACAAAUAUUUACAAAGCAAUCAAUUACAAAUACAAAAUGUAUAGUAACUGAUUCCACCCUCUUUAAAGUGACUCACCUAAUUCAACACAAGUGCAGCCAAUUGGCGUUACAUUUGUUCCUCAAAGAUGAUGGUUCUCCACUAUCCUUCAGGCUUUAAUAAUGCGUUGGACGGUUCUUAACCUGAUUUUAGUGGUAUCAGAAAUCUCCUUAGUUGUUUUCUUUGCUUGAUGCAGGCCAAUAAUUUGACCCUUCUGAAACAGAUUAACAUUCUUUCCAUGACCACAGGAUAUGUCUUCCUACAUGGUUGUUUAAGAAAUGAGAAGCUCCUCACUGCAUCAGCUAGAGUUAAAUAAGUUGUUGCAGCUGAAAUGUAUUCAUCACUGCAGUAAUUAUCCAAUGGAAGGCUCUUACCUCUUUGCUUAGCUAAAUCCAGGUGGCAACUUUUUUUUUGGACAGGCAGUGUAGGUUGAAAAGCAUUAAAAGGGAAAGUUUUUAAGGGGGGUGAAUACUUUAACAGGUACUGUAGAUGCGCAAUAGUUUAGUUCUAUAAAUCUAAAAGAAACUGCCGUUGGGUAAACCGGCAUGCUACUGCCACUUACUUACAGACAUGAAACUACACAUCUUUAACCUCGUUCACACUUUAGUGACAACUACAGAGAAAUGUACAGAACUGACAUUGGAUACAUAGUAGUGUAAAGUACACUUGCUUUUCCUGAGUAAGGAAAGACACAGGAGUUGAGCCAUAAACUAGAAGUAGUCUCUAUGAAUCAGUGGAUGGGCAGCUGAGAGUGGAACUUAGCUCGUUUCUGGUGUUCUAAACUUUGUGAUCAUAUGUGUGUAGUAAAUACUUUGUGUUUUAGUGCAUGACAAUGCCAUGUUUAUUUAUUGGGACUGUUGAAACUGUUAUGCGAUGCAUCUGUACAGUGUGAUUUUCUGUGAUAAGAGUGCAUAUCAUGUUCAGGAUUGACAGUGUUUCAUAACAUAACAAUAAAUAUAUUAUUCAGGUAGA